AUGCCGCCUUCGCAGCUUAAACAGCUCAAGGCUUCCCUCCGCGAGGGUGGAGUCUUGGGGCCCCAGCAGUCCAAGAAGCAAAAGCGUCAGAAUGCGAAGACUGGUGUGUCCGCGCAAAAUCGCAUGAAGCGGGAAUCCGCUCUGCAGGCCAUUCGCGAUCGUUUCAACCCGUUCGAGAUCAAGGCCACUUCGCGCCCCAAGUUCGAUGUGACCACGCGCGAUGUCGGACCUAAGUCGAAACAUGGCCAUGCGAGGCCCGGUGUGACCAAGUCUCUUGGUGAAGAAAAGAGACGCCAUACGCUUUUGCGCGAAAUGGACCGCAAGAACAAAGUUGGUGGAAUCCUCGAUCGCCGGUUCGGUGAGGAUGAUCCGACAAUGACGCCGGAAGAGAGGGCUGCCGAGCGAUUUGCCCGUGAGAGUCAGAAGAAACUGCGCAAGGAGUCGAUGUUCAACUUGGAGGACGACGAGGAAGAGUUCCAGCUCACACAUCAAGGCCAGUCUCUGUCAUUUGGAGAGGGAAUGCUCGGAGAUGACUUCCGCGAAGGCGAUUUGGACAUGGACGAAGAAUCGGAUUCGGAACUGCCUCGCAAGAGGAAGCGAGAGUUUGCCGACGAUGAGGAGGCUCUAGAUGACGAUAUCGUAUUUGACGAUGAGGAAGGGGAAGAGCAGCCAGAGCGCAAGAAGUCGAAGCACGAAGUUAUGAAAGAAGUCAUCGCCAAGUCCAAGUUCUACAAAGCCGAACGACAGAAAGCUAAGGAAGACGAUGACGAUCUUCGAGAGGAGCUCGACAAAGGUCUUCCCGAUCUCUUCGACAUGUUGAGAGGCGUGAAGCCUCCCCCGAAACCGGAGCCUCCAAAGGACGAUUUCGCCUCAAUGGACCCCGCUCGUGCAGCACUGCUGGCCGGAAAGUCACAGAACGAGACCGAGCAGGAGUAUGACCAACGCUUGAAGCAGUUGACCUUCGAUAAGAGGUCUCAACCGACGGACCGUACGAAGACGGCAGAGGAGAAGGCGGCGGAAGAGGCCGAGCGGCUGAAGAAGCUGGAAGAAGAGCGUGUUCGACGAAUGCGCGGUGAGGAGCCAAGCGAGGACGAAGAGGAGGAGGAUGAAGAGGAAAGUGACGAGGAAGGCAGUGAGGACGACGAUGAGGAGUCGUUACCGGACGAUGCCAAAGCGUUCGGUUUGCAGCAGCCCACGGCCGAGACGAGCACUCGUCCCGAACUGGGUGUCGAAGAUGAGGACGAUUUCAUCAUCGACGAUGACCUUGUGGAAACGAGGUCUAAUGCCAGUCUCUCCUUCGAUGAAAGCGACCUGGAGAUGGAAUCCGCGGAGGAGUCCGAAGAGGAGCCUGAAGACGACCAGGAGGACGAGUUGAUCAAUGGCUUCACGCUCCCUGAGAGCAAGUCCGGCGAUGCCUCGACAGCUCCCAACAGCAACGAAGAGCCAACUGACGGUCUGGCAUACACAUACCCCUGCCCUGGCAGCCAUGAAGAGUUCCUGGAGAUCAUCAAGGACGUGUCUAUGCAGGACCUCCCCGUCGUCGUCCAGAGGAUUCGUGCCCUGCAUCAUCCCCGUCUUCACCCCGACAACAAGAUGAAGCUCGGCCGUUUCGCGGGCAUCCUCGUCGAGCACGUUGCAUACAUGGCCGAUCUACCAGAACAUCCUCCCUUUGCCAUUGUGGAAAACAUCCUCCGUCACAUCCACUCCCUGGCGAAGACUCACCCCGACACCGUCUGCCAGGCAUAUCGCGCCCAUCUCCGCCAGAUUGCCACGGAGCGUCCGCUCAAUCUCCGUGCUGGUGACCUCGUCAUCCUCACCGGCAUUGCCACCACCUUCCCAACCUCCGACCACUUCCACGCUAUCGCAACCCCGGCACACCUCUGCAUCUCGCGCUACCUGGGCCAGGGCGUCGUCAACUCCCUCGCCGACGCGUCCGCCGGCACUUACGCAGCCAGCUUACUCCUGCAAUACCAGUUCAUCUCCAAGCGCUACAUGCCGGAAUUCAUCAACUACACCCUCAACAUGCUGUGCCACCUCAGCCCGAAAGAGCCCAGCGAGAGUCUCGGAUCCUUCCCCCUCCGGAGCCCGCAAACCUCUCUGCGCCUGAACCUCUCUUCUUCCAAGACUACCAUCUCCCCCCGCAAGCUUCGCUUCUGGGACACGACCGACCAAACCCCCUCCAACCCCGAAGAGCUCAAACUAUCCCUGCUCACCACCCUCGUCACCCUCCUCGGCACCGCCUCCGACCUCUGGACCAGCAAAUCCGCCUACACCGAGAUCUUCACUCCAGUCCAGAACGUCCUCAACCACCUCCGCAGCAGCCUCAAGGGCAACAAGAAACUCAUCUCCUCUCAAGUGCGGGACACCAUUCAAUCCACCCUGGACAAGGUUACCACUCAACUCUCUCAAGCCAAACUCACCCGUCGACCCCUCCUCCUGCACAACCACCGGCCCUUGGCCAUCAAAACCGCCAUCCCCAAGUUCGAAGAGACCUUCAACCCGGACAAGCACUACGACCCGGACCGCGAGCGCGCCGAAAGCAACCGUCUCAAGGCGGAAUACAAGCGCGAGCGCAAGGGAGCGAUGCGCGAGCUCCGCAAGGACGCCAACUUCAUUGCGCGCGAGAAGCUCCGCGAGAAGAAGGAGCGCGAUGCCGAGUACGAGCGCAAGUACAAGCGGCUUGUGGCGGAGGUGCAGAACGAGGAGGGUCGCGAGGCGAAUGCUUACGAAAGGGAGAAGAGAAUGCGGCAGGGCAAGCGGUGA